AUGUUUUCAAGAAACACGCUGUUUUCUCCAAUAAAGGAUGUCAUGAAGCAGGGGUCCUCGACAACACCGGCUCUUUCACCGGUCGUAACUCGAUCUUUAUACCGCAGCCUGUUCCGUGAGGUGUCCAGACUAGAUACCGAUCCUUUGGCAAAGAUUCUUUUCCCAUGCACGCCGGAUCUUCAGGAGUGGAUCGGCAUGUCACGAAUGCUAUAUGUCCCAAACAGUAAAACAUACAUAGAGGCGCUUCGAUACGUAUUUCGGGAUUCAAGCCGAGCCCCGAAUAUCAGUCUGGCUUUUAACACUCUAAACCGACUACGUGUCCACCACGAGAACGUGAAGAACAAACUACCGCUUAUCUUGAAGGACAGGAAAGUUGUGCUCGAAUCGCUUGCGCAAGAAGCCCCCAAACAAAAUAAAUUGUUUAGAGCUGAGGCGCUGAUAAAAAAGGAUGAAGUCGGCAGUGUGGCAUGUUAUGUUCCCGCACGGCCCAACGUUCCAGGGCGUGUCGUACUGCGGACGCAACCGGAUGUGGAGCUCAAAGAGGGCACCGUACUAGUAGCUCAUCCGUUGUCCUCAACUCACAUAGACCGACGCGUGUUGAUGAUCACAGAACGAACGCCGUUUAUUACCAGCGGUGUGGUGCUCGACCUACAGUACUGCUUUCCAAUAUCAAAAGGGAACCCAAUGUUCCCGGAAGUUUUCUGGGGGCAUGACGUAUACGAUGGCGGAUUUAAUCAGAUCGGAUUCACAAUGCCACCGACUGCACAAAUUGUGUUUUUACACACACUAGAGCCACCAAAGGAACCAUCAGAGGAAACCGCUUCAUCCCGUGGCGGUUGGCUUUCGUGGCGUCAGUCACCUGCACCUUCAGGGAAGCAUCUUACGUUGAAGCGGCAGCAUGAAGUGUUCUGUCGCCCCCUCAUUCAAGGCGGUGUCCUUGACAAUGGUGAAAAGGAACCUACUUUAUACAUCUCAAAGGCUGAGGCACUGCCCUACCUGGCAGAAAUCGCCACUGGGCAGCCGCGCACAGCCCUACGCAUUUACUGGGGUAAUAUGCGCUGGCCCACAGGGCAGGUUGAGGCAGAAGUCAGCAAUGGGCACUGGAUACCGGUAAAGGUAUCGCCGUCGUUCUUUCGUUCCUAUGAACUUUCGACAAACAAUGCACCACCGGAACGCCUUCCAAGUGUAGACGAGUUGCGAGAGGCAGCGCGCCUGCGAGAGAAACGCUAUGGUGUUAAUAUCACCAUCCCACAGGUGUUUCCUGCGGAACACGUUGUGCGGCAGCGAGAGCUUCUGUGGGACGAAAUAAUGUAUGCACUAGGCGAGGAGUAUAUGGCACUGGUUGGCAUAUUGAAUCCAUUUGUGAUGGGCACUGCAAGCCGAGGCUUUCCGCGGAUCGUGUCAUCGUUGCCGACGAGUUCAGCACGACAUUCGUCUGUGAGUACUCGUGAAGCUAUCGAACCCACGUUCGAUGAUGCAGACGAUGAGCUUAACCUAAUCCCCUUUGCGCCAGAAGAGGAAUCGAGUUUACACAGGAUGACUCACACAGAAGAUCCUAAAGUUUCAUUUAGCGAAAAAAAAAAGACUAAAGAGGAUUCUGACCCCUCCGAUGACGAUAAGGACAAGAGUAAAAAUUGA